AGAAUGUAUCGUGUACGAUCACGAGGUGCUUCAUUUAUUUUUGGGGCUGCCUAGGCACGAGCGUGCUUGUGUUAGAAUGUAAACCGUAGCCCUCUUUGGAACAAAGGAUUCAUGGACGAAUUUUGUAGGAUUCUAAGCCUAUAAGAAAUUUUCCCAUGUUGCCUUUUGGAACAAGGGAUGGCCAUUCUAAAAUCCUAAAAAAUUGCUAUAGAAUGGCUCGAUCCAUAGGAAUUUUGGAGGAACUUGAACAUGAGGUUCAACCUCUUGGAAACUCUUUCUCUCUCUCUCUCUCUCCUAAUUUCUGUGCUUCUCCUAUUUUCAAGUGACAUGCAACUUUAAUCCUGUGUUUUUCCUAUUCUUGUGUUUUGAGAAUCCUGCUUUCGGCUGAUCAUUUAUAUGAUUUGUUCCGAGAAAAAAACAUUGCUUCGUGACUGAAAAUAGUGGAUGAUAAGCUCAAGAGCGGUUAUAAAUGGAAGAAUAAAAUGCAAAAACUUGUAACUUUUCAUUUCAUUGAUCCCUGUUGUUUUUGUUUAUAUACACAUGGUGAGGGACACGAGGAACUGACGGAUUGUCUAUUCCAAGGCCAAUUAACCGUUCCUAUAGCUUGAAUUGGCAAGCAAUCAUUCCUAAAGCUUAGAGGGUGUUUGGGCUGCUCCAUAAACUCCAUCCUACAAAAACUGGAGUUUGUGGAGUGCCAUAACUCUAUCUUUUUUUCGAACUGAGUGCAUAGAGCUGAAACCGUUUGGCUAAAAAAAAUGUGGAACAAAGCUGAAAAACGUAGAGCAUAACAUUGCCAAACACGUCAAUGUCAACUUACCUGCCUGAUGCGUUAUUUACAUACGAGUUGUUAAUGUUCCUAAUCUAGCCUGUGAUUGGAUUAGAUCAUCUUGGAGCAAGCAUCUCUUCUUCAGGAUGACCAACAACACACGAUGUUUCAUUAGUUGGAUCAGAAAUUUAAUCUAGCUGUCCACGCCAAUGAAGACGCUCCCUUGUGUUUUGUAGGGAGUGCAUACGCGUGUAACGAACCGCAAGUUUUUGAUCCAACGGCUACCCAUCUCACCCAAAUGCCAGUUCAAGCGUCUCCCGCUUCUCCCCUGCCGCCGCCGCCGCCGCCGUUCGCUUCCCUCCGUUCUUGAGCAAUCCCCGUCGGCGGCCGGUCGCUCUGACGGCCUGUCCAGAGUGCGGAGCCACCGACAGGCCGUCAAGGGGCCAAGGGGCGGCGGCGGCGGCGACCAGGACACCUAGAUGACCAUCGGCUCUGCGGCCAGAUGACCAGCAACGUGCAAAGGCCUGUCGGUUUGCUCCGCCGCUGGCGUCCAUGGAGGCCUUCUACCUCGACCUGCUCCGCUCCUGCACGGCGCUGCCGCACGUUGCGGCCGUGCACGCCCACAUUGCGCGCGCCCACCCGACCGCCUCCCUCUUCCUCCGUAACUCCCUCCUCGCCGCCUACUGCCGCCUUGGGGUCGGGGCGCCUCUCCACGCCGCCCGUCUGAUCGACGAAAUGCCCCGCCGCAACGCCGUCUCCUACAACCUCCUCAUCUCCUCCUACUCCCGCGCGGGCCUCCCGGGCCGCGCCCUGGAGACGUUCGCGCGCGCGCGGGCCGCCGCGGGGUUAAGGGUCGACCGGUUCACGUACGCCGCCGCGCUCGCCGCGUGCUCGCGGGCGCUCGACUUGAGGACCGGGAAGGCCGUGCACGCGAUGACAGUCCUGGACGGUCUCGGGAACGGGGUGUUCCUGUCCAACUCACUCGCCAGCAUGUACGCCAGUUGCGGCGAGAUGGGUGAGGCCAGGCGCGUGUUUGAUGCCGCCGAGGAGCACGACGACGUAUCGUGGAAUUCGCUGCUCUCCGGGUACGUCCGUGCCGGCGCACGUGAGGAGACGCUGAAGGUGUUCUCUCUGAUGUGCCACCAUGGCCUUGGGUGGAACUCUUUCGCGCUUGGGAGCAUCAUCAAGUGCUGUGCUUCUGGCAGUGAUGUCGGACGGCACAUUGCAGAGGCAGUUCAUGGAUGCGUGGUGAAGGCUGGACUGGACGCCGACCUGUUUCUUGCGAGCGCAAUGAUCGACAUGUAUGCUAAGAGAGGCGCCUUGACCAAUGCUGUUGCGCUUUUCAAGUCGGUGCCAGACCCAAAUGUGAUUGUUUUCAAUGCGAUGAUUGCAGGAUUCUGUCGUGAUGAAGCUGCCGUUGGUAAGGAAGUCAGUAGAGAAGCUUUGAGUCUGUAUUCAGAGAUGCAGAGUCGAGGGAUGCAGCCUUCUGAAUUCACAUUCUCAAGUAUUCUUCGUGCGUGUAACCUGGCUGGUGAAUUUGGGUUUGGGAAACAGAUACAUGGUCAAGUACUCAAACACAGUUUCCACGACGAUGACUAUAUUGGGAGUGCACUCAUUGACUUGUACUCUGACUCUGGUUGCAUGGAAGAUGGAUACAGGUGUUUCAGAUCUCUGCCUAAGCAAGACAUUGUCACCUGGACGUCAAUGAUUUCAGGGUGUGUUCAGAAUGAGCUUUUUGAGAAGGCACUGAGAUUGUUCCAAGAAUCGAUAUGUUAUGGCCUGAAACCUGAUCUUUUCACAAUGUCGAGUGUGAUGAAUGCAUGUGCCAGUUUAGCUGUUGCAAGGACCGGUGAGCAGAUCCAGUGUCUUGCCAUAAAAUAUGGUUUUAACCGGUUCACUGCCAUGGGGAAUUCCUUCAUACAUAUGUGUGCUAGGUCAGGGGAUGUUGAUGCUGUGACUCGGAGAUUUCAGGAAAUGGAAUCACGUGAUGUUGUCUCCUGGUCUGCAGUGAUAUCAAGCCAUGCACAGCAUGGUUGUGCAAGGGAUGCUUUACGCAUUUUCAAUGAAAUGAUGAAUGCAAAGGUGGCGCCUAAUGAGGUUACUUUUCUCAAUGUCCUUACUGCAUGUAGUCAUGGAGGAUUGGUUGAUGAUGGACUCAGGUAUUAUGAAAUUAUGAAAAAUGAGUAUGGAUUGAGCCCAACCAUAAAGCAUGUUACUUGUGUUGUUGAUCUUCUUGGACGAGCUGGGAGGCUAGCUGAUGCUGAGGCUUUUAUAAGGGAUUCAGCCUUCCAUGAUGACGCUGUGGUUUGGCGGUCUUUGCUGGCCUCAUGUCGUAUCCAUGGAGACAUGGAGAGAGGCCAACUUGUGGCAGAUCAGAUAAUGGAUCUGGAACCCACUUCCUCAGCAUCAUAUGUAAUUCUUUACAACAUGUAUUUAGAUGCUGGUGAGCUAUCCUUAGCUUCAAAAACUCGAGACCUGAUGAAAGAGCGAGGCGUGAAGAAAGAGCCUGGUCUUAGUUGGAUUGAGCUAAGGUCUGGAGUUCACUCUUUUGUUGCCGGUGACAAGUCCCAUCCAGAGAGCAAUGCAAUAUACAAGAAACUGGCAGAGAUGCUUUCCAAGAUAGAAAAGUUGGCGAACACUGAUAAUGCUAGCACAGGGUCAGAUGGCAUCUCUAGCAGCGAGCAGAAUUUGGUGGGUUGCCACAGUGAAAAAAUAGCUGUGGCAUUUGGAAUGAUCCAUUUGCCACAAUCUGCUCCGAUCCGAGUAAUGAAAAACCUGAGAGUUUGCCGCGACUGCCACUCGACCAUGAAACUGAUAUCCGGGAGUGAGAACAGAGAAAUAAUCUUGAGAGAUGGGAUUCGCUUCCAUCACUUCAGAGGCGGUUCCUGUUCCUGUGGUGAUUACUGGUGACGAGCUGUAGAUUUAGAAUUGUUCUAGGUCUAGUAGUGAAAGGCAAAUUCAUUAUGUAAAUUACAAAAUGCCAAAUUGGUACUGGAUGAAAGGAAAAUACCUGUGCAGUAAUGAAUGAAUGUUUCGCAAGAGAUCUUGAAGUACAGGUAGUUUAUGAUUUA